AAAGCGAGGCCAAAGUGGGUGGGAGCGCGUGCUGCUGGGAGUUGUUUGGAGGUUGGCGGCGCGGGCCUGAAGGUCCUCAGACGGAGCGAUCAUGUCGCACAAACAGAUUUACUACUCGGACAAAUACGACGACGAGGAGUUCGAGUACCGGCACGUCAUGUUGCCCAAGGACAUCGCCAAGCUCGUCCCCAAGACCCAUCUGAUGUCUGAAUCGGAAUGGAGGAACCUUGGCGUGCAGCAGAGUCAGGGAUGGGUCCAUUACAUGAUCCACGAACCAGAACCUCACAUCUUGUUGUUCCGACGGCCGCUGCCCAAGAAGCCGAAGAAAUGAAGCCAGCGGCGCUUCAGCCUCGCGCUUCACGCAGCUGCCUCGCUCGCUGACAUCUUCCCGACAGCAUCAUUGUGUUGCCUUCUUGUUUCUCACUUUGGUAUUUAAAGGACGUUCAGGUCACUGUUGGAAUGUGCUGCUGCCCGCUUUGCUGGAGCAGAGCCGACAGCACCACGGCCCGGCCAGGGGAGCAAGUGGUCUUCCGCUGCGGCCUCCGCUGAGCGUUACCCCAGAAACCAUGCUGAGCUGUGCACCCGGCGGCACACAUGUGGUGGACAGAGGCAGCGUCCGAGGGUGAGGCCGUGGCUGCCACAGGGAUUGUGUAAACUUACUGUUUGGUUUUGUUUCCUGCCAGGUGUUGUAUGAUGGUGGUUUGUUUCAAUGUAUUGGAAACUUUUUAUUUUAUUCAAGAAAUCUGUUCCAUGUUAAAAGGCCUUGAUUAAAGAGGAAGUUUUUAUAAUCUAA